UCCUCAAAAUUGUCCUGUGGGUCGCCAUUAGAUCUACAUGAUUGUUUGCUUUCCCACAGUAACAACUCUAUAAUGUUUGUGUAAUCAUCGAUUUUUACCCACGAUCUUAUCACAGUCACAUGUGGUGACCUCCCAUUGACCUCAUCAAUAACAGUGUUCAGUCUUGCUACCCGUUGUCUUGGAUGGCGGAGCUGUGGUCUGGCUUGACAGGUGCGCUUCACAGUUUGUGGGACUCUGUGUCGCCAUCAAAAGUUGAGCAAGUUAUCAUACGAGAAGUACAGAUGAACCCGCCAGGUGCCAGAACUUUCGUGCGGCUCGCAGGCAUUUCGGGUGCUAUUGCAGUGUCGCUUGGUGCAUAUGGAUCUCAUGUUUUCCGUCACAAGGAAGUAGAUCCUCGCCUCAAAGAAACCUUCGAGAUUGCCAACAAGUACCACUUCCUGCACUCAUUAGCGCUGCUUGCUGUGCCGCAAACACCCAGGCCUGUACUGACAGGGACGUUGCUGAGCUCUGGAAUCAUUCUGUUCUGUGGCAGCUGCUACUACCACGCCAUGACAGGCAACAAUACCGUCAGAAAAGUCACGCCCUAUGGAGGCUUUCUGCUCAUCUUUGCCUGGCUCUCCGUGGCCCUUUGAAAGGUUGACCUCACCUUGACCUAUUGACUGAAGUGUCGUUAUGAUGUCACUUGUGGAAAACUUUGUUGUGGUUGACGUACGUGUAUGAAAUUGCCAUCUUGAUUUUUUUGAGCGAAACAUGUUACCUUGAUGGAUUUGUCAAAAACUCCUUCUUAUUUGACUUUUGUAAAACAUCUUGAUUCUUGAUGGAUUUGUGUCAAAUAUCAGUUGGUAGUUUGGUAUAAAAUGCCAUCUUGAUGAAUUUGUGUCAAAUGUCAGUUGGUAGUUUGGUAUAAAACGCCAUCUUGAUGAAUUUGUGUCAAAUAUCAGUUGGUAGUUUGGUAUAAAAUGCCAUCUUGAUGAAUUUGUGUCAAAUGUCAGUUGGUAGUUUGGUAUAAAACGCUAUCUUGAUGAAUUUGUGUCAAACAUCAGUUGGUAGUUUGGUAUAAAACGCCAUCUUGAUGAAUUUGUGUCAAAUGUCAGUUGGUAGUUUUUAAUAAAUUUCAUGCUGUUGGGUCUGUGAAACACCUCAUCGUAGUGGUAUUGUUGAUUAACUUGUGAAUAAAAUAUAAUGUCAAAGGUUCUGAUUUUCCUGAUAAAUCAGGAAAUCUGGAUAUAUCUGAAAUUAUCUAUAUAUUUCACAAUGUAAUAUAUUAUGUGAAAAUAGUGUUGAUACAAGAUUUAUUAGACAAUAUGAUACAUUCAUUUUGAGUCCGUGGGCGUGUUUCCAUGGGGAUAGAGAAGUUAGGUUGUUUUUUUUCUAACCAGUCGGCUCCUUUGUAAUGUUGAUGUAGAACUAUUCUGUAAAGGCCUACUGUGUGUGGGCUAGAUUCUUAAUAUAAUGGACUAGAUUCUUUAUAUAAUUGCUUCCUUUGACUUGUGCUCAGUUCUGUUUUGUUACAAUCUUUUGAAUGCGGGUGAAGGUACCUGAACAAUAAACAGCCAAAACCGCAUAGUGUGUGGCCCAU